UCUGGAAGCCAAGGUCGAAGAAGAAGGUCGACAUAACUUGUUAAACUAUGGCUCAGUAUACCUACGACGAGGAGGGAUUUAAUUUCUAUUAUUUCCUUCUUUCCGUCAUCUCACUGUGCCUAGUACCAGCUACAGCAACAUCUAUUUACAGUGCAUACAAAGCAACACAACAAAAACGCAAGACAGACACUUGCAAAUGUUCAUCUUGUGAAGACCAACGAACGAAACUCAAAGCUACCAACACUACAUCCACUCUUAAGCUUGUCAAUCCAAAAUUAAUCUUUAUUAUUCUGGGAUGGGCAGCAUUUGCUCUCCUUGCCUACCAAGUAUCUUAUGCUGAGGCACCAAAAGCUACCUGGGAUCCUUAUGAAAUCCUUGGUAUCAAAGAGGGAAUAACCUUGCCAGAAAUCAAGAAGAUUUACAAGAGACUCUCUUUGAUUUAUCACCCUGAUAAAGCAGAGAUCGGUACUGAGAAAGAGUCUGAGGAGCGAUUCAUCCAGAUUAGCAAGGCCUAUCAAGUUCUGACAGACGAGGAAGUACGCAAAAACUACGAGCAAUACGGUCACCCGGACGGAAAGCAGUCUUUCUCCAUGGGCGUUGCUCUUCCAUCCAAGUUGAUUGAAGGUGGAAAUAGCCGUUUUGUUCUGUUGUUCUAUGGACUUGCAUUUGGCCUCGGACUUCCGUAUUACAUUGCAACUUGGUGGUACAAUUCUCGUAGACACACCAAGGAUAAGAUUCUUAACACCACCAUGGCAGUCUUCUUCAAAGGACUCAAAGAAAAUGCUGAUUUUAAAAAUCUCAUCAAGGUUCUGGCUGGUGCUCAUGAAUUUAAGGAGAACUCCGAUGUUCGCGAGGGAGAAGAAAGUAUAUUAAAGAAGCUUGAUGAAACUAUUGCAAACGAAUUGGAGAAGCGUUUUACUGAAAAGUAUGAGCCUCUUCCUAAUGCUGCUCCUUCGUACCAGAGAAAGGCCCGCACACUUUUGUACGCCUAUUUCCUCCGUAUUGAUAUAAACACAAUUGCUUCUGCAGCCCAGACUAUUAUUAUUUUGAAAGAUCAGCGUUUUAUUGUUGAAAAGGCUAUCCAUCUUCUCCAAGGAUUGCUCCAAAUCGCUAUCGUAAAGAACUGGUUAAAUGUUGCUACAACAAUUAUGGACUUGCAACAGCAUUUGAUGCAGGCUAGCUAUCCUGGUGAGCCUACUAUCAAGCAAUUGCCUCACGUCGAUACUGCACUCUUGCGUAAAUACUAUCACAAUAAGAAGAAGAACGUCGGCUCUAUUCAGCAGUUUAUCUCCCUUCCUGAAGCUGAGCGCAAGUCUCUUUUGAAGCCUUUGUCAGAUGAGCAAUAUUUGGAUGUUGUUGAAGUUGCCAACCGAAUUCCUCGUUUGAAUGUUCGCAAGGCUGCCUUUAAGGUGGUUGGAGAUAAGAUUGUUACUACAGGAGCUAUCAUCACGUUUGUUCUUAAACUGAAGAAUGGUCAAAUCGAAAGCGUAGAACAAGAAGUUGAAGAUGAGGAAGAGAUUGAUGAUGAGGAAGAACAAACUGAAAAUGAUGAUUCUGAAGGACUUGGACUUGCACACAUCCCUUAUUACCCUGGAGAAAAGAAGCCUUACUGGUGGAUCUUCUUGGGUGAUCCCAAGGUUAACCGUAUCCUCGUUCCUCCUCGCAAAGUAACUGACAUUGUUGACGAGCAAACUAUCCGCAUUCCAUUUGCCGGCCCACCCAAGGCUGGAACCUACACUUUCUCUCUCUUUGUCAAGUCUGACACUUACACUGGUACAGAUAUCCUUCAGGACAUCCAAUUGACUGUACAGGAACCCGGAGAUCUUCCUGAAGAGGAGGAGGUCGACGAUUCAAUCUCAGAGCCUGAGGAUGAUUCCAUUGCUGGUCAGAUGAAGCUGAUGCGCGAACAGGGUCUUGCUUCUGCUUUGGCUGGAGGCAGUCAGCAGCCUGCUAAGAAGGCCAAUGCAGGCGAAGACAGUGAUUCUGACAGUGAUUCUGACAGUGACGAAGAGUAAAAAAACAUAUAUAUUCCAAAAUAACAUAACAUAAAUCCAUCUUUUCUUUUUCUCUCUCCUCCAAUCCCUCCAACUCCACCCAUAUUCUCUCUCUCUCUCUCUCUCUCUCUCUCUCUUUUUUUCGAAACAAUAAAACCAGAACAGAACUUAUAUAUAAACAUAAGAAGAAGAAGAAGAAAUAUACGUAUCCAAUAAAACAAUUUUAU